UUCUCCUUCUCUCACCCUUUUCUUCUCUCACAGAGCUACAGACAGAGAAAGAGGAGGAGAUGGCGAGGAGACCCGACGAGGAGUACGAUUACCUGUUCAAGGUAGUGUUAAUCGGCGAUUCCGGUGUCGGAAAAUCGAACAUCCUCUCCCGAUUUACUCGCAACGAGUUUUGUUUGGAGUCCAAGUCCACCAUCGGCGUCGAAUUCGCCACUCGCACUCUUCAAGUUGAAGGAAGGACAGUGAAGGCGCAGAUAUGGGACACGGCAGGGCAAGAGCGAUACAGAGCGAUCACGAGUGCCUACUAUAGGGGCGCGCUUGGAGCUCUUCUGGUGUAUGAUGUAACAAAGCCAACGACUUUUGAAAACGUGAGUCGGUGGUUGAAGGAGCUGAGGGAUCAUGCAGAUUCCAAUAUUGUGAUCAUGUUAAUUGGGAACAAGACUGAUCUUAAACAUCUUAGAGCAGUAGCUACUGAGGAUGCUCAAAGUUAUGCUGAGAAAGAAGGGCUUGCUUUUGUAGAGACAUCCGCUCUUGAAGCCACCAAUGUUGACAAGGCUUUUCAAACAAUUCUUUCUGAGAUAUAUAGGAUUAUUAGUAAGAAGACACUUUCUUCGGAAGAGUCAGCAGCACCUGUGAGUGUCAAAGAUGGGAAGACCAUUGUAGUUGGAGGACCCGAUCCCAGCACUAAAAAGACGACCUGCUGCUCUUCUUCUUAGUGAAGAUGAUAUGUGUAGUUGUGGGCAGUUUCCCACCUCUUCUUGUUCAUUUGAUUUACGUCGGCUUUCCCUUGUUUUUUUCCCCUGAUAUUUCUGUUUUUGAACUUGUUGUGGUUGAAUUUCAUAUCCCUUUGCAUGAUAUAUUGAAAGUUUAGUUUUUUA